UUCUCCUCCCACUCCCUCUCUCUGUCAUCUCCUCUUCUCUUCUUCUGCUACUUUUUGUGCUUUUCCUCUCUCUCUCUCUCUUUCUGUUACAGAAAACAUUAAAGUCAGUAACAGUAACAACGUUAUCUCCUUUUAUUUCCUCUCUCUCCUCUCUCUCUCAUCUAUAGAGUCUUAAGGGACGAAGAAGAAUAAUCCAUAAUCGCUGUGUCUUAAAAGUGGUCUAUUUAGGUGGGAAGGGGGGGCAUGGGUUCUUCUCCACUUGUCUGACCUCCUUCCUUGGAACCCGACAGACGGCGGUGAUUCCACUUCUCCACGACGAACACCUGAAGCCGACACACGAUCAUACAAAAACGUUUCCCUUCUCUCUCUCUCUCUCUCUAUCUCUGAAAUGCGUAUCUGUGGACUAGGGUUCUCUCUCUAUCACAUCGGUUUCUUCCCUGUUUGAGGUCUCGCGACUUUUGAAGACUGGGCAUCUUGUUUCUCUUGAUCUUCUUCUACCUGCGAUUGGCUUUUUUACUCUGUUAAUUCUGCUCUGAUAAGCUUUUCCCUCUUUGUCUUAGUUCGUCUCUGCUCUGGUUUAGCUUUCAUCUUUGUUUUACUUCUCUCUGCUCUGGUGGCGGAAGGGGGUCAGGGUCAUUCAUUAGGUGAAGGUCUCCGUUUGAUAGUUUGCUUUUUAGCGUUUGAUCGUUUCCCUCUGCUUGAAUUUUUGGAUCCGAUCAAUCCAUUUCCUUACCUUCUGUUAUUUUAUCCGGGGAGAGAGAUCACAUAAGUAAAUGCCUUGGAAACAGAGUGAGGUUUCUGUAAACCCAAACACCAAUGCUCUGUAGAAACUUAUCUGCUUUUUCUUGCAGUUACCUUUACCGGCUCUGGCUCUUCUGUUACAUAUAGAACCCACUUUCCACUUUCUACUUUCUGGAAUCUUCAAAGCCAGAACAGAAAUUCAGUAAGAGGGGAAUUCGACGAAUUUGUAGGAGUUAUGCUGGAUCUUAAUGUUGUUUCGGCUGAUUCGACCUGCGGUGAAGAUGAGAUGAUGGUAGACAAGCUUCCCGAUGGUUACGGGGGACAAAUGGACGACUCAGGGACUUCGAAUUCUUCCGUUGUUAAUGCUGAAGCUUCCAGCAAUGGAGGCGACGAGGACUCUUGCUCCACUCACGACAGGCGUGGUGACCUCUUCGCCUUCAGCUUCGAUAUUCUUAAGAAGAGAAGUAACGCCACCGACGCCGUUGAAGUUGAAGACGAUGACGACGGUGAUGAGGCAGAGAACGGGAAUCCCACUAUACGGCCGGGUUUCCUUACCAAGCAGCUCUUCCCGGUGAAUGAAGAUAGAGCUGGGCAUCCUGCUAAUGCUGGCUUUCGCUCGGGCUCGUCUUCCUCUCGACCGCAUUGGGUAGGUUUCUCGUUCUGCCAGGCCGACGUGGGGAAUCAGCAGGAGUUGAAGGUCUUGCCCCCGCAGCAACAGAAGGUCAAGAAGAGCCGCCGGGGACCCAGGUCUCGAAGCUCUCAGUAUCGGGGUGUGACCUUUUAUCGCAGGACUGGGAGAUGGGAAUCUCAUAUCUGGGACUGUGGGAAGCAAGUUUAUUUGGGUGGAUUCGAUACUGCUCAUGCUGCUGCUAGGGCAUAUGAUCGAGCUGCUAUUAAGUUCCGGGGUGUCGAUGCAGACAUCAAUUUUAAUCUUUCUGAUUACGAUGAAGAUCUGAAACAGAUGAGGAACCUGACCAAGGAAGAAUUUGUGCACAUACUACGCCGCCAGAGCACUGGAUUCUCUAGGGGAAGCUCAAAAUACAGAGGCGUGACACUUCAUAAAUGUGGUCGAUGGGAAGCUCGAAUGGGGCAGUUCCUUGGCAAGAAGUAUAUAUAUCUUGGGUUAUUCGACAGCGAAAUUGAAGCCGCAAGGGCUUAUGACAAGGCGGCAAUCAAAUGCAAUGGAAGGGAAGCAGUUACCAACUUUGAACCAAGUACAUAUGAAGGGGAGAUUGUCUCUGAGGUGGACAAUGGAGGUUAUGCUGCAGGAAGCAGCCACAAUCUUGAUCUGAACUUAGGGAUUUCACCUCCUCCUUUUGCUGAUGAUCUUAAGGCAAAUGACAACAUGAGUGGUUUCCAGUUCAAUAGUGGCACUCACAACAUGCCUGAUACCACGAGAGCAAGGAUGGAGAACCAUAAUUUGGCAGCAGUGGGUGAUCAAACCCAUCAAGUCCCUCCAAUGGCAUCUGAGCACCCUCCGCUCUGGUCUGGCGUAUAUCCCAGUCUCUUUCCCACUUUUGAGGAAAGAGCAAUAGAGAAGAGGGUCGAAGCCCCAGGACUCUCGAACUGGGCAUGGCAAAUGCACAGCCAUGGCAAUGGCAGUGUCAACCCAGUGCCACCAUUCUCUACUGCAGCAUCAUCAGGAUUCUCUUCUACUUCUGCCGCUUCAUCAGCUGCCCUCUUUGAACCACACCCUGGUUCAAUUCAGCAGUGCCAUUACCCUCCAUCCACAGCCUAUCCCACCAAUGCUUCUUACUACUACUACAGGAGCUGAUACCUACACCACCCCCAAAAACCUACCUAAAAAUCCCCUUCUCAAUGUAUAGAGAAGGUAAGCCAAUGUGAUUUUCUAAUUCAUCUUUUACAUACAAUGUGUAGAGAAGGUGAGCCAAUGUGAUUUCUUAUUCAUCUUUUACAUAAAAUAGAAACAUGGAAUCAUAUGUAAUUCAAACAGUAAAGAGGCAUUGCGCCAUGUAUCUCGUUGUUCCUGCUUACAGUUGCCACAUGAGCAGGGCAGCAAUAGAAUUUGGAAAUGCAAACUGGAUAUGAGAUUGAGGCGUCGAUUGUUCAUGCAUCCUUUGUAAUGAAAUAUUAGCAUUGCUUGGGUA